AGUGAAUUGCUUUCAGCUCUUUUCUGCUGUCUCCUUUUCAAUUUAACUAUUUCGUAAACUUUAAACUCUUUCAUUUAUAAAGAUGACCAGCAACGACGAGACGCUUCAGUUCGACACGCAGCACGAGGACAUGAUUCAUGACGCCCAGCUGGACUACUACGGGAAGCGCCUGGCGACGUGCUCAUCAGAUGGCACAAUCCAUCUUUUCGAAAUCAACGGCAAGCAGCAAAAGCUUCACUCUGGCCCUGUCUGGCAAGUCUCUUGGGCCCACCCAAAGUUUGGCAGCGUCCUCGCCUCCUGCUCGUAUGACGGCACUGUUCUUAUAUGGAAGGAGACGCCCGGAAUCGGAUUUACAGUUAUCAAGAAGCACGAGAAGCACCAGGCCUCAGUCAACGCGAUUGCCUGGGCUCCCCACGAGUUGGGUCCCGUUCUGCUAUGCGGCUCGUCAGACGGAAAGAUCUCGUUGCUUACUUUCACAGAAGAGGGCGUCUGGGACGCGCAGAUGAUUCGCAGCGCGCAUACCACGGGUGUCAAUGCUGUUAGCUGGGCGCCUGUCAUUGCUGCCGGCGCGUUUGCCCAGCCCGGCGCCACCCAAAAGGCUAGCCUUGUCAAGCAGUUUGCCUCGGGCGGAUGCGACAACAACAUUAAGAUCUGGGCAUACUCCGAGGACAAAAAGGCAUAUGAUGUCAUCAAGACCCUUGAGGGCCAUGGUGACUGGGUCAGGGACAUCGCAUACGCGCCAAACAUUGGGCUUCCGCGCACGUAUCUCGCGUCUUGCUCGCAGGACAAGAACGUGUAUAUCUGGACACAGGACGCGUUACUCACGAAGAGCCCAGCUAGCCAGAACACGCCCGCAGAGUGGAACCGCAUUCAGCUUUCUUCAACACCCUUUCCUGACGUUGUUUGGCGCGUCAGCUGGUCCAUGUCGGGCAACGUUCUGGCGGUUUCUUGCGGCGACAACAAGAUUACACUGUGGAAGGAGAACCUGAAGGGCGAAUGGGAGCGCAUCAGCGAGAUUAAUGAGAACGGACAGAGGGCCUGAGCCUCUUUUUGGCAGACAUUUUUGUUCCUGAGUCUCUACGCCCAGUUCAAAAGUAGGAUGUUUGUUGAAUACUCAUAUUUCUGGGUCUGUCGUUACUCCUCCAUGUUUCUCUCUCUCUCUUUAUAUUUUUCUUUCGCAUGAUUAUCAAUUUAUUCUUGAAUAGCUUUAUUCAUUAUUUUUAAGUUUUGACAAAGCAUAUUGACG